CUGAUAUUUCUCUGAAAAUAAUAACUCCUUCUUAAUGUUGUUAGUAUUUGUGCUUGUGCAGGUUACUGACCUCUUUAGAGGCGGGUGGUCUUGUCCCAAUGUGCAAAGUCUCGGAUUGGCAAGAACUCGAGAAUUUGUAGCAUAGGCUCGAUAUCUCCAAACGCCGACUACAUGUGGGGACUACCUCGACUUUCUUAGUAGGAGAAGAAUUCCGUUUCGAAGCUACUUUCAUCUGUCAAGACGCAAGCGUGCUUGGGAGGUUCUAUAACUACCUCUAGCUUCCAAGGCUCGCCGCUUUCGAAAAUCUUAGCCAACACAGCACUACUCACCUCAACACAAUUACCAUAAACUAACCUCGAGAUGGCGUCAUCUGAUACGACAAGUGAGCCACCAGUAAAGCGCCAGAAAUUAUCAGGGUCCAGAACCUUAUUGAAGGAUCUUCCUGCCGACCAGUUCCUCAAGCACGCCGCUCUCUGGAAUAGUCCUCCUGUUACCAUCGUGGUUCAUGGGACGGAAAUUUCGGUGCCCAAGGGUCUCCUCUGCUACAACUCAUCGUACUUCAACUCCGCUUUCAAUGGGUCAUUCAAAGAAGGCCAGGAACAGAAGCUGGACUUCCAUGAUUGCUCUGCCGACACCUUUCAGAUGGCAGUUCAAUGGAUCUAUUUCUCCCAGGUCAACGUGCCAGUCAACCAAAUAGCUGCCCAGGAAAGCGCAGUUGCCGGCAAAGAUAACAACACGCAGAUUGGCACCCAGGUUACCUGUGCUACCACCCAAGCCAAGUCGACCACACCAUCUCUAUCCCGUCAAAGCUCUGUUGUACCCACAGAUCUUGACGCAAACCUGAGAACUUGGGCCACCGACGAGAACCUUGAUAUUCAAUUCUACCCAGACUUUGCAUUGAAUAAGAAGGCUCAGAAGGUCUCUCGCUUGCUUGCGUUCUUGAAACUUGCCGACAAAAUUGACCUCAUCGGUCCCUUCGACUCGGUCAUUACCAACAUCAAGCAAGUGAUCGCCUCUUCUCCAAGUAGGAGAGCUCUUCUCCCUGGACAUGUUCGACUUGCUGCAGAGCUUCCCCCUACUCAUCCUAUUCGAAAGCUCUUCGCGGAUGCUUGCUUUAGAGAGUUUGUCCAAGACUUGAUACUCCAGACCUCCCCAACUAAGAACUUUCGGUUUGACAAGGAACUAAAUGAGUUGGACUCUUUCAGUUCCGACUUGCUCCGGUCUUAUAGACAAAGUGAGAGAAAGAGAGGAGCAAACAAGAAAGGCGCGCCUGAGUUCUCCUUCGUGGAUCCUUUCACAGAAUCGAGAUUUGCCAUCACAAUUUAGACUGCAAUUUCAGCACGGGUAUUGGCAUGAACGGAGAAACGUAGGGAGGUGGUGGAUUGGCGGGAUAAUUGAGAUUAAUGCAUGAAGAUUAUGAACAAAUACUCAGGUAUAUAACUCAUCACUUCAGGCGGUUCGUCUCGGAGGAGAGAGUUCAAGGCACAGUACAUCUGAGGAAAGCAUUUACAAAAUGGCGGAGGGCAAGUAUUUGUGGAUUGAGGUUCACACUUAGAUGGAGCAUCUCAUACCGAACGAAGGGUGACACCAUACCCAGCAAUAAGACUAGCAAACAAAUGAAAUCCUGAAAGAUGACAUGAU